GUUUAUUUUCCCGCCAAAAAGAAAGAGAGAGAGAUGAAAGGGAAGACAGCAGUGAUGAUGGGAGCAACAAUAGCAAUGGUGGCGGCAGUGGCAAUGCUGGUGUUUCUUCUGUUGGCCGAGCUCUACUGCACCCUCUUACUCCGCACCCGCCGCCGCAGCAAUAACACCUCUCCUACUUCCAUUGACGGCCGCCGUGAGGGCUCUCCCUCCUCCCUCUGCACCUUCUACGCCCAAGGCGUCAUCCGCACUCCAAGAAGCUUCCUCUUCCCAGCGCCGGAAAUUCCAAACUCAGGGAAGCAACUCUUCCGCAGCAGCAAUCGAGAAGCAGCUUCUUCUCCAGACUCGGAGCUCAUAUACAUCUGCAAUCCAAUGUACAACGGAGACGGAGGAGUCGUAAUCGGCAAUAGAGAUAAUACGCCAUUUGAAACCCCUGCCUCGUCACCCAAUAUUGAGACCGGGAGCAGCGGAGACGAAAAGUGUCACGUGGAGGAGGAGGGCGCCUCGGUCUCACUCGGCCUUUCCAUUUCCUCAUCGUCCUCACCUUCUUCGCCGUGGUGAACAAUUCCUAUUUUUACUUAUUUAUUUUCUUUUGUAUAUAUAUUCCCUAUGUCUCAUUAGAAAUUAAACGUUUUCCUUUUUAGUU